UUCACCCAAAAAAAAGAAAGAAAGAAAGAAAAGAAAGAAGUUACAUCAGCAAGAAAAUUAUAUACCAAACCUAUCAAUCUAAUUAUGUAAACCAUUAACGUGUGCCACCAUCCUCAAGACACUCAAACUCAAAACCCCCCAAGAAAGAAAUCAAGAAUCCACCCCACCUCCCAAGUCCCAACUCCCCAACUCCCAUCCCAUCCUUCCAAGGCCAAGCUUGAGGAUCCUUCUUCAUCCGACACCAACAACCAAAAAUGGUGGCUUCUUGUUUAAGCAUAGUCACCCUCUACGGCGGCUUUCUCCACCGAUGCAUCUCCGCGGCCGGUUUAGCCUCUCAAGCAACAAACAUCGACGACCAAACCACCAUGCAUUUUUGGGGUCCGACGCCAAAAACCUUUUCCCCCACUAAACCUUCAUUGAUCCUGAUUCACGGGUUCGGACCACACGGGGUCUGGCAAUGGCGCCAGCAGAUCAGCUACUUCGCCCACAAAUACAACCUUUACGUCCCCGACCUCGUAUUCUUCGGGAACUCGGCCACCAAGUCCCCCGAAAGGUCCGAGGUUUUCCAAGCAGUCUGUGUCGGCAAAAUGCUGGAAAGGAUUGGCGUUGAUCGUUACUCGGUUGUAGGGACCAGCUACGGGGGGUUCGUGGCGUACCACAUGGCGUCCAUGUGGGCUGAACGGGUGGAGAAAGUGGUGGUCGCGAGCUCAGGGGUUAACUUGAGGAGGAAAGAUAAUGAGGAGCUUCUGAAGAGGGCCAAGCAGGAGAGGGUUGAGGACCUGAUGCUGCCGGCAAAUUCGGCGCAGUUAAGGACUCUGAUGAGUUUGUCAGUUUUCAGGCGUCCGUACAUCCCAGAUUUCUUAUUAAAUGAUUUCUUGGAGAAAUUAUACAGUGAGAACAGGAAGGAGAAGAUGGAGCUCUUAAAGGGAUUGACUCUUGGACGAGAUGACAAAGUAAACAUAACCCCUCUUAAACAGGAAGUUUUAGUUGUUUGGGGAGACCAUGACCAGAUAUUUUUGUUGGAGAAAGCAUAUGAGCUCAGGAAGUGUCUGGGAGAGAAGGCAAGAUUGGAGAUCAUAAAGAAAACCUCGCAUGUGCCUCAGCUAGAACGAGCUCGGCAGUUCAAUAAAAUUAUUAACAACUUCUUAUGCGGGUUGUCAUGAUUAAUGUGACAUUUUUGUAAAGAAGAAGAAGAUGAAGAAUUGCUUCAGGUCCUUUGUAUUAAUUACUAGUGAUGUAUGGCACGAGUGUUGAUUUUGAUUUGCUGAUUUGUGUGUUGCAAAAAAAAAACUAUCAUCAAUAGUGCUAUGUUGAUGAUAUUAA